CCCUAUGCCCACCCCCAACGUUCUUCUCCCGAUCGGCUCCACCUGAUCCAUCAUCCCCCGCCGACGUUUCCUUCUUCUUCUGCUUCAUUCACUCCUUACCGCUUCAGGAGGCCGCCGCAUAGUUAGAGAGAGAGAGAGAGAGAGAGAGAGAGAGAGCCCUAGGCGUCUGAUCCCCCAAGCCCUAGGCGUAGGAUUCCACGUCCAUCCAUGGCGCUGGACACGGGGACGGUGGCGGCGGCGGCGGGGAUCGACGAGGCGUACGAGUUCUCCGCGCCCAGGUUCUUCGACUUCAUCACCGAGGAGACGGAGGAUGACGUACGCGCCGCCGAGAGCUGGUUCGAGGCUGCCCGCAGCCACGCCCCCUCGCCGUUCAACCACAGGAUCAAGGAAACGAGGGCGGAGGCCAAGGUCGCGGUCCUCUGCGAUUUCGCGGAAGCCGAGGAGCCGGCUCCGGAGGAGGUGCCCGUGGAGGCGGUAGCAGGAAGCGUCACCGUUCACGGAGCAGAGGCUAUUGAUGGUGCUCCGUGUCCUGAGGCAAUGUCGGAAUCGCCGCCGGCUGAUGAAAUGUCGGGGUCACCUCCGACUCAAGAAGAGAAAGAUGAACCGUCCCAAUCUCUCGAGUUCUUCUCGGCGACGGACCAGACUCAACAAGAGAAAGAUGAAUCGCCCCAAUCUUUCGAGUUCUUCUCGGCGACGGACCAGUCUGUAAAACCAGCAGAUGGUGGUGCUGCCAGCACGCCUAAGAUGCAGACGCGUCCUCCUUCCCCUCCUAUCAAAGUUGCCUCUGCGAUUUCGACAUGUGACAGUUCUUCAGUGAAUACUGGGGGGCGCACGCCGAAGACGGAGGCAAACAUGGGCAGAGCAGGUCCUAUGGCUGCUUCAACGACUGCCAAGAGGAGCGUGAGCAAGGGUGCUCGUGAUUUGGGGACUGGAAAGGCAGCCAGUGCUGGUGCUGAAAUUUCACAAGAAAACCAAGCGGUGAAAAGGCAGAAGCUUGAUGAUGGAAGAGCCAGACAGAUACUGAAUGUCAAGACUAAGGUGCUGCCUCAUAAGGGAAGAGCUCAGUUAGCUGGAAGCAAUGAGGUGAGGAGGUCCCGUGAGGAUAUGAGCUCUGUGAAGGAAGCACUUCCAUAUGUAUCAGCUGCUGAAUUGGUUAAGAAGUUUGAAUCAGGGACUAGAAAGCUGAGCAUUACUCACAGCAGAUCUCGUUCUCAUGAGGAUGCUGCAUUACAGGGAAGGCCUAAGCUGCUUAUGUUAACUAGACCGAAGGAUCCUGAGUUUCAAACUUCCCACAGAGUACGAGCAGUCAAGGUGAAGAGCUCUGCAGAGCUAGAGGAGGAAAUGUUGGCAAAGAUCCCCAAGUUCAGGGCACGGCCAUUCAACAAAAAGAUUGCUGAGGCCCCGUCGUUCCCUCCACUUCCAAGGAAAGCCCCACAGGUCCCCGAAUUCAAUGAAUUCCAUCUUAAAACAAUGGAGAGAGCAACUCGAUAUGCAGACACCUGUUCAGAAGUUUCUUGUGCAGAUACUGUCCGGAGUCAAAAUAAGCCACUGAAAUUGAAGGAACCAAAGCCACCACAACUUCAUACAGCAAUGAGAGUUCGGCCACCAAGUGUGAAGAGUUCUCAGGAACUUGAACUGGAGGAGCUGGAGAAGGCCCCCAAGUUCAAGGCCAGACCACUAAACAAAAAGAUUCUUGAGAGCAAGGGAGAAAUUGGUUUGCCUCCUAAUCCAAAGUCUCAGGUCACAGCUCCCAAGGAGUUCCAUUUCUCUACCGAUGUUCGCUUGGGCCCUCCAUCAGUUGCUGACUUAUUUGACAAGCUGUCUCUUCACUCUGAAUGUUCUUCGAACAGCAACAGGCAAGAUGUGCCCAGAUGCACCAUACCAAACCCUUUCAAUUUACAAACAGAGGAAAGAGGUCAUUUGAAAGAGAGGCAGCUAGAAGCACAGCUCUUGCAAAAGAAGAUGGAGGAGGAAAAGGCCAGGGUUCACAGAGCUAAUCCUUAUCCAUACACCACAGACUAUCCGAUCAUGCCACCGAAACCUGAACCGAAGCCCUGUACAAGACCAGAAGGCUUUCAACUAGAGAGUUUGGUGAGACAUGAACUAGAGCAGCAAAGGCUGAUGGAAGAACGGCAGAGAACGGAGAGGGAAGAGGCUCAGAGGAGAAUCGUCAAAGCUCAACCUGUACUGAAAGAGGAUCCCAUCCCACUUCCGGAGAAAGAGCGGAAGCCUCUCACUGAAGUUCAACAAUUUGUGUUGCAUGUUGAUGAGAGGGCAGUACAGAGAUCAGAAUUUGAUAGCAUGAUAAAAGAGAAAGAAAAGAAUUACAAAAGAUUGAGAGAGGAGAACGAAUUCGCGCAAAAGAUUGAGGAGGAGAAGGCACUGAAGCAGUUGAGGAGAACCAUGGUGCCACAUGCCCGGCCGCUCCCCAAGUUUGACAGACCAUUCCGACCACAGAAAUCGACGAAGCAGGUGACCAGACCAAAGUCUCCGCAGCUUCAGGUGGAUGAGCGAGGGGCAAGGAGGCACGCUCUCAUCAGAUGAUCACCACCAUCCUCCCCUCCAGAUCUCUCCGCCGCUGUACUACACUGAUCGAGUUAUUUUCUUUGCUUUGGGCGGUCAAGAUCAUUCCCGAUCUUGCCGUCGAUCUGUUUGUCGGGUUACUAUGAUUCUUUCUCUGCUGACCCAUGUGUGUAGUCUAGAGCAGGCCAGGGCCCUAAUAACAGCAAUCUUUGUCAGUCCAACACAGCUGACACGGUGUGUGCCCAGAUAGAUAGGAUCGGCGAUCGCCGCUAGUGUGCGUUAGGUUGGUUUGUGUGUGUGCGUGUGUAGUGUGUGUUUGUGUAUUAUGAUUAUCUCGAUUAUGACACUUGUUAAUCACUUAAUCCGAUGAUGAUACCUUCAUAUA